AGAAAAUUAGUUUAAAUCAAGGGUGAUUUAUCAGACUAUCAACGUCGUGUAUUUAGGAUAAGAGGUAGACUGUUGCGGGUUAAUGCGACUAAUUUAGCUUAAAUUACCACAGUAACAAGAAAAUUUCUCGAUCAGUGCAUAGGUGAAGUUACGAGACGAAUACCUGCCAAUGUAGGUAUGUGAAGAUACCGGCAUGGAUUAUAGACACCUAUGUUUCAAUCAGUGUUUUGUUUUAGCGGAAUACUUGAGAUGUUUGAAAAGGUUAACGGAAUUUAUUGAUAAAUAUUUAUAUUUAAAUCAUUCUAAUUGAUCCAAGUGUUUCAACGAAUCUUUUUGCAAAGGGAUAACCUGAAUACAAUGCUAAAUUUCUUACAAGGUGUUCAUUUGUAAAUAUAUCAGUGAUAAUAUUAAUUUCAGAAAAAUUAAAAACGGUAUUGUGAUAAAAAUAGUGUGUUCUUAAAUGUAAAUAUGAUUUUAACGUUGAUUUUUGUCCUUCAGACGACAGGGACAUUGUUUGGUGCACAAAUUUUAUCUGACCCUAAUUUAAAAACAAGACUUUCAGGAAAGAACAGAAAUGGAAUUAGAUUCAGAGAAAGGAGUAGAUUAAAUGAAGAAAACAAAAGCGAUCAAGGGAAAACAGAUGAAAAUGUUCCUGAAAAAUGGCUCGUAGAUGCGAUAUAUUAUGACGAUUAUCAAUCAGAUGCUCCUGCUGCUCCAAAUAUGGCGUCGGAAGAUGUUUGUCCACCGGUUCCGGAUGUUGUGUCAGAUGACGCAUGCGCACACAAUUCGUGUCAAAAAGAUACCGAUUGUUCGGAUGGGUACAGAUGUUGUUUUACCGGCUGCUCCUUUACAUGCCUUCGUGAAGUUCAACCAGCCGCUCUUGUAGACUGGCGGAAAGAACCAAGAAGAUCAAGAUCUGGAAUAUCCUGGUUGAUCAACAAACCAAUAACUGACGAGUCCUCAAAUGAAGUUGAAACAUGCAGCACCAGUCCCAUUGAAUCUGACGAGGACCCUCUAUUAUGCCCCCAGGGAUAUUUCUGUCACGUGACCGAUCCUGGAAAUUUAAAGGAUGGAAUACCAAACAGUGGCUAUUGCGUAAAACAUAACGCUGAAAAAUAUUCCCAAGAAGAAGUGAAUUUUGUAAUUACAUCAUCAUUGAAAAAGAGACAGACAUGCGCAGUUGACGAUGUUAUAUUAUUACAUGGUGCAAAAAUACAACUGAAAGAUAAAUUUUGUCGAUGUAAAAAUGGAUACCUCUCAUGUCGAGAAAGAGGGAUAACAACUAAAAUAAAGAAAAAUUCUAAAAACAAUAAAAGUAAUAAAAGAAAUAGAAAAGAUAAACGUCAAAGAAAAGGUAAAAACAAGACGCAUUCCAGAGAGACCUGAUAAACUUUAUUUAUCUAGUUACACAUACAUGUUAUCAAUUAAAUAAUUUCAUUUCAACAACAAAAGACCACCACAACAGUUACUGGAUUGAGUACGCUAGUGAGUUAAAUUACAUCAUAGAAUUUCAUGACAGUGUCAUUCUUCCAUUUUCAUUCAUUUGAAAGAAUUUAUGGACAUACACAAAUAUUCUAAUGUUAGCAGUGUAUAUAAGAAUUUGAAAAUCUCGUGUCAAGAAAAUAUUGAAAUACAAUGGAAUUCAUUUACCGUGCUUUUUAAAUCACAAGUGAAAUAGAAAAAGUUGUUAAUUCUUAUGUUUUUAUUCAUAUAUUUUAUUAGCAUACACUAAAGUAAACAAACGCUUCUUAUAGCAAAUCGUUGUAAAACUUCCUUCUCUGAAACGAAAUUUAUAUUGUUUCA